AUGGCCGCCGCGGAUGACGACGCGCGAAUCGCAUCUCUUCAGAACUUCACCGCCUGUGAUAUAUCAGACGCACUCGUGAAACUCAAGGUCCCCGGAGCUGGCUUCCUGCCCGACCUUCAACUGCUAGGCCAAUCAAGCGCCAUAGAUGCACCCGUGAUCAUAGCACCGGCGUCGACGAUCCUGUUUGCUCGGAAAGGAGAGACGCUGAAUUCGCCACCGGCCAACAUCCCCAAAGGUGCUCAUUGGGCGGACAUCACCCAGCCUGGCACCGUCGUGAUCAUCAGGCAGCCCGAUGGGCAGAGGAACGCCGUCUGCGGAGGCAUCAUGGCUGUCAGGAUGAAGGUUCGCCAAGCCAAGGCGGUGGUUGUCGUGGGCCGUGCCAGGGACCAGGGCGAGCUCGCCAGUACGGGCCUACCCAUAUGGACGAGAGGGCUCUCCACCGUCGGCGCGGGGGCAGAGAGCACUCCUUGGGCGGUGCAAGUGUCCAUCGACGUCGACGGCACGGUCGUCAACCCUGGCGAUCUCAUCUUCGCCGACCCUGCCAACGGGGUCGUUUCCAUUCCCAAGGACCUGGUCGGCCAGGUUUUGGAGCUGCUCCCCAAGCUGACGGCCGCUGACGACAAGGUCAAGGAGGACGUGCUGAAGGGCGUGACAGUCUACGACGCCUUCAAGGCCCAUCGAAGCAACCUCUGA